UUUCUAUAUAAUAGCCUCUUAUCUUUCCUUCUUACCACUACUCGUUAAUCUAUCAAUCUUCUUCAUCAUCUUCAUAAAUCGUCUCUCGAAUUCUCCCAUAUCAAAUUCUACCAUCAUAAGAUGCAGAUCUUCGUGAAAACUCUAACUGGAAAGACCAUAACCCUCGAGGUUGAGAGCUCUGACACUAUCGAUAAUGUAAAGGCCAAGAUCCAAGACAAGGAGGGCAUCCCUCCGGAUCAGCAAAGGCUGAUCUUUGCUGGAAAGCAGCUUGAGGAUGGUCGUACCCUGGCCGACUACAAUAUCCAGAAGGAAUCUACCCUUCAUUUGGUUCUGCGUUUGAGGGGUGGCAUGCAAAUUUUCGUUAAGACCCUCACUGGUAAGACAAUUACCCUCGAGGUUGAAAGCUCUGACACUAUUGACAACGUCAAGUCUAAGAUUCAAGACAAGGAGGGUAUUCCCCCAGACCAGCAGAGGUUGAUUUUUGCUGGCAAACAGCUUGAAGAUGGGCGGACCCUUGCCGAUUACAAUAUUCAAAAGGAGUCUACCCUGCACUUGGUGCUCAGGCUGCGUGGUGGAAUGCAAAUUUUUGUGAAAACUCUUACUGGGAAGACCAUAACUCUGGAGGUGGAAAGUUCUGAUACCAUUGACAAUGUCAAGGCGAAAAUUCAAGACAAGGAAGGGAUCCCACCGGAUCAGCAGAGGCUGAUUUUCGCUGGUAAACAGCUUGAGGACGGGCGGACCCUUGCAGAUUAUAACAUCCAAAAGGAGUCAACCCUUCACUUGGUGCUGAGGUUGAGAGGAGGAAUGCAAAUAUUUGUGAAGACUUUGACAGGGAAGACAAUUACUCUGGAGGUGGAGAGUUCUGAUACCAUUGACAAUGUGAAGGCAAAAAUUCAGGAUAAAGAGGGAAUCCCACCGGAUCAGCAAAGGUUGAUUUUUGCUGGUAAGCAGCUUGAGGAUGGUCGCACUCUUGCAGACUAUAACAUUCAGAAGGAGUCCACCCUUCACUUGGUGCUUAGGUUGAGGGGAGGAAUGCAAAUAUUUGUGAAAACUUUGACUGGAAAGACCAUCACCUUGGAGGUGGAGAGCUCAGAUACUAUUGACAAUGUGAAGGCUAAGAUUCAGGAUAAGGAAGGGAUCCCACCUGAUCAGCAGAGGUUGAUCUUUGCUGGUAAACAAUUGGAAGAUGGAAGGACUUUGGCUGAUUACAACAUCCAGAAAGAGUCAACUCUUCACCUUGUCCUGCGUCUUCGUGGUGGCAUCUACUGAUUAUCUUGUCAAGGCUGUCUUGCUAUUGGAAUUUACAUAAAACCCUGUUCUGUUUGCUUUGCUCGGCUCUCUGUUGUCUGAGUCAUGUUUACUGGCUUAGGCUGUUGUGGCUCUUGAUUUUGGGGAUUGGCUGGUGGUGUUGUAUUGUUUUGUUGGCAUGGGAGUUAUGGUGGUGUAAUCUGUUUUUAAAUAAAAUUUUUUACUUGUAAAUGCUUUUGUGUUAAGUUUUGCAUUAUUAUCCUAA